AUGCGCACACAAAAUUUUUGCCUUAAAUUGCCAUGCAUUUUUUUGCCUAAAGCCAACAGCAGCAACGCAGUGGUGAUAUAAAGGCGCUGCACGGUGAUCGUCAUUCCAUUUGUUGUUGAGUUAGGGCGCCAACAAGGACCCACACGAGCAAACUCUAAACAAAUAUCGAGUUCACACAUAGCUCACAUAAAUUCGAUUUGUAUUCGUUUGUUGGCCUCAAGAACUCACUUAACUAACUGCCAAAAUGUGUGACGAUGAUGCGGGUGCUCUGGUCAUUGACAAUGGCUCUGGUAUGUGCAAGGCUGGCUUCGCCGGUGAUGAUGCACCCCGCGCCGUAUUCCCCUCGAUUGUCGGUCGGCCACGCCAUCAAGGUGUGAUGGUGGGUAUGGGUCAGAAGGACUCCUACGUGGGUGAUGAGGCGCAGAGCAAAAGAGGUAUACUGACAUUGAAAUAUCCCAUUGAACAUGGUAUCAUAACAAAUUGGGAUGAUAUGGAGAAAAUCUGGCAUCACACCUUCUACAAUGAAUUGCGUGUGGCACCCGAAGAGCAUCCAGUAUUGUUGACCGAAGCGCCACUCAACCCGAAAGCGAAUCGUGAGAAGAUGACUCAAAUCAUGUUCGAGACAUUCAACUCGCCCGCCAUGUAUGUGGCCAUUCAGGCUGUGCUCUCCCUCUACGCUUCCGGUCGUACCACCGGUAUUGUAUUGGACUCUGGUGAUGGUGUAUCGCACACUGUGCCCAUCUAUGAAGGUUUCGCCCUGCCACACGCCAUUCUGCGUCUCGACUUGGCCGGUCGUGAUUUGACCGACUACCUGAUGAAGAUCUUAACCGAGCGUGGCUACUCGUUCACCACCACUGCCGAGCGUGAAAUUGUGCGCGAUAUCAAGGAGAAGUUGUGCUAUGUUGCUUUGGACUUUGAGCAGGAAAUGGCCACUGCCGCUGCAUCCACCUCGUUGGAGAAGUCUUAUGAAUUGCCUGAUGGUCAGGUGAUCACCAUUGGCAAUGAGCGUUUCCGUUGCCCAGAGGCAUUGUUCCAGCCCUCGUUCUUGGGCAUGGAAUCGUCUGGUAUCCACGAAACUGUCUACAAUUCGAUCAUGAAGUGCGAUGUGGACAUCCGUAAGGAUCUGUAUCACAUAGAGAAACCUGCCUAA